AUGCGCCUCUUAGAGCGCAAACCCAACGGAGAAUUUGGCUUUCAGGAAUUCGCAAAGGGAGACGUCCCGGCUUACGCCAUCCUCUCCCAUACCUGGUUAACAGACAAUAACGAAGAGAUUAGCUUUCAUGAUGUGGUGGCAGGUACGGGGAAGAGAAAAGCUGGCUGGAAGAUGCUUGAGUUUUGCGCGGACAAGGCUUCGGGCGAUGGGCUUCGAUACUUCUGGAUCGACACUUGCUGCAUCGACAAGAAGAAUAGUAGCGAGCUCUCUAGAGCUAUCAACUCUAUGUUUCGCUGGUAUCAGAAGGCCAUUCGGUGUUAUGUCUAUCUGACAGAUGUAUCGCUCCAUGAUGGCCAAGGCACAUCUCAACUGGACACCUCUCCUUGGGAGGCGGCGUUCAAGAAAAGUCGAUGGUUCACGCGAGGUUGGACCCUUCAGGAGCUCCUUGCGCCUGCACAGGUGGACUUUUUUAGUUUGGAAGGCGACCGAUUGGGGAGCAAGCUGACGCUGCAGGACUUCAUUCAUGACAUUACCGGAAUCCCUAGUGCCGCUUUGAAAGGGGCGCCUUUGGAGACCUUCAGCCGUGACGAGCGGAUGUCUUGGGCUUCAGGUCGACGUACUACCGAGGAAGAAGACCAUGCCUAUUGCUUGCUGGGUAUUUUCGACGUUUCGAUGUCGCUGCUCUAUGGAGAAGGCCAGGAGAAGGCGUACAGGCGACUUCAGGACGAGAUUGACAAAAUCUAUCGAGGGCAUGAUUCUGAUCAGUUCGUCGUCGGGCUCGACCGCUUGGCCAUUCCCGAAGCGGCACAAUUCGUCGCCCGAGAGAACGAGCUUGCCGAGAUGCGCCGUUUGUUACAUGGCCACAAUCCUCUCUCGGCUGUCGUUCUUCACGGCCUCGGAGGGAUCGGGAAAACUCAGCUGGCCAUCAAAUACAUCACACAGCAUAGGGAGAGAUACACAGCAAUCUUCUGGUUAAAUGCUAACGACGAGGGUUCUCUCAAGCUGAGUUUUCGAUACGUCGCCCAACGUAUACUUGAAGACCAGGGAGGCAGUCUUUCCGUUGCUGCACUCACCAACGUGGACCUGGACGGAAACCUCGAUCAAGUGGUCUCGGCAGUCAACAAUUGGCUCAGUCUAAAGACAAAUACGCGCUGGCUGAUGGUCUAUGAUAAUUAUGACAACCCUCGGACUGCUGGUAAUCUCGACCCCUCUGCUGUUGAUAUACGCCACUUUCUCCCCCGAGCAGAUCACGGUUCCAUCAUCAUCACCACCCGAUCGGCGCAAGUAAGCCAGGGUUAUCGCAUCCAUAUUCAAAAGUUGCAGAAGGUUCAGGAAGGUCUAGAGAUCCUUUCCAAUACGUCUAAACGAGGAAGCAUCCAAAACGCGCUUAUGAAAACAGACCGUGGCGCCAUAGCGCUAGUUAAAGAACUUGACGGCCUCCCCCUGGCUCUUUCUGCCGCCGGGGCAUAUCUUCAACAUGUGACCACAGAUUUCUCAGAUUAUCUUCGGCUUCAUCAAGCGUCGUGGUUAAAGCUGCAAAAGACGAGCCCUCAACUCAGUUCUUAUGAGGAUCGAUCACUUUGCACGACAUGGCAGAUCACGUUCGUCCGGAUCGAACGCCAGAAUGCUGCUGCUGCUAAACUACUUCAGUGGUGGGCAUAUUUUGACAGACAAGAUAUAUGGUUCGAACUUCUUCGACACGCCAGUUCCGCAGACGACGAAUGGAUACGGAAGCUAGCCAAGGACGAACUGAACUUCAAUGAGGCGGUUACCCUUCUGUGCAGCUUCGGACUGGUCGAUAUAGACCAAUCUCUUUCGCUCCCGCUUGGAGCUAGAAGGUAUAGUAUGCAUAGCUGUGUACACUCAUGGACAGUCUCUGUGCUUAACCAGAAGUGGAACCAGGGUUUGGCCAGGCUAGCUUUGACUUGUGUGGCUUCAGAAAUUCCCAACAGUAACGCGAGGGAUUGGUGGCUUUUGCAUCGGCGACUCCUACAGCAUGCGACGCGACAGGGCCACUUCAUCGUGGGCGACAAGGUUCGUACAGAGGGACUGGAGUGGGCUAUUGACUCUUUGGGCGCAAUGUACUGCGACCAAGAUAAGCUGGCCGAGGCGGAGAACAUAUUUCUGCGAGCGCUGCAAGGCAAGGAGAAGGCACUUGGACCAGAUCACACGUCAACACUCAUCACCGUUCACAACCUAGGUCUCCUCUAUCUAAAUCAAGGCAAGUUGGCCGAGGCGGAGAAGAUGUGGUCGUUGGUGCUGAGCUUACAUCGUCAUAUCUACCCGCGAUACACACCAUGUGUGCCUUCGGUGAUCUCUAUUCCCAGACGGAGCGCAAGGAUAUGGCAAAAGAAAUGUAUUCUCGAGCAUUAUCUGGAUAUGCAGCCGUUCAAGGACCUUCCUCGAGAUGGUAUCUCGAAGUUCAAAGUCGACUUGAGAAGUUGCAAUCCACGCCAGCUGGGUCCGCUGAAACUUUAUGUGCUGUCGAAAUUAGACCAACGGAAACCAAAUCUCGUCUACGAAGAGUUUUCCGCAGACUCAGAAUAUAACUAA